AUGAUCAAUAAAACAAUGGCUACUGGUGAAAUAGAAGUUGUUAUGAACAAGUUAGAAGUACUCAACACUGUAGACAAGCUUCCAUUUAAUCUGAGAGAUUACCAAAAACCUAAAGAACAGCUUAGAUUGCAGCACAGGUAUAUAGACUUAAGGUUUCCUGAAAUGCAGAACAAUUUGAGAGUCCGUUCACACAUGUUGCACAAUAUGAGAAGAUUUUUGAUUGAGAAUCAUGGGUUUGUUGAGGUUGAGACUCCUACAUUGUUUUGUAGGACUCCUGGUGGUGCAAGAGAGUUUGUUGUACCUACACAUCAUGAGGGAUUGUUCUAUUCUUUGGUCCAAAGUCCACAACAGUUCAAGCAAAUGCUCAUGUCGGGUGGCGUUGAUAGAUACUUCCAAGUGGCAAGAUGUUACAGAGAUGAAACUACUCGGCCGGAUAGACAGCCUGAGUUCACACAAUUGGAUAUUGAAUUAUCAUUCACCAACUUAGAUGGAGUCUUAACUAUGAUUGAACAUUUACUUUAUGAGACUUUUGUCAAACAAUUACCAAAGCCACCUUUCAGAAGAAUGACUUAUAAAGAUGCAUUAUCAAAUUAUGGAUCAGACAAACCAAACUUAACAUUUGACUUGAAGUUUGUAAAUAUCAAGAAUUUAUUCCCUGAAAAAUCGAAUGAGGAAGACUUUGGUGCAUAUGCACUUCCUUAUACAAAAGAAAUUGGGAAAUUAACAACAAAAUACAAAGAAAAAAUUAAAGAAUUUGCCAAAAAAUAUUCCUGUAAAGUGGUAUUAAAUGAAAAUAUUAAUAAGGAAUUGGGAAUAGAAAUUGGAGCAAGGAUUCAAAAUGUUGUAGGAGAUGAGGCAGCAAUAAUAGUUUUAGGUGAAGAUAAGAAUGCCUGCAUUUGUUUAGGAGAAAUAAGAUUAAUGAUGGCUUCAUUAUUAAAAUCAAAGGAUUUACUUCGAGUAAAAGAAAAUGUAGAACCGUUAUGGGUGGUAGACUUCCCCUUAUUUGUAAAAGGAGAAAAUGGCUUAGAGACAUGCCAUCAUCCCUUUACAUCACCACAUCCUGACGACAUGCAUUUAUUAGACUCAGAUCCAUUAAAAGUGAGAUCCUUAGCCUAUGACAUAGUUAUGAAUGGCAAUGAAAUCGGUGGUGGAUCUGUCCGAGUUCACAAUGCAGAGUUACAAGAAAAGUUACUGAAGAUUUUGGACAUUGAUUCUUUGAAGUUGUCACAUUUCUUGAAUGCGUUGAAGUGUGGGUGUCCUCCACAUGCUGGGAUUGCGUUAGGUAUUGAUAGACUGGUUACGUUGGCAUGUGAUGCAGAAUCUAUUAGGGAAGUGAUUGCGUUCCCUAAGUCCCAUGAUGGCAGGGACCCAUUGUCAGGUGCUCCUAACACUAUAAGUGAAGAUGACAAGAAGUAUUAUCACAUUUCUACUGUGAAACAUUAG